AUGCUGGAAGCCAGUCAAAAGCCAUUCAAUGUCUACUAUCAGCCACCGGAAAGCGGCUAUGAUUCUGCUACACAUUCUGCGGAAUCGUCGCGCAGGAAUUCGCUGGGAUUCAAGGAUUUUAUGAAGAAGCGCCGUUUUUCGAUUGUUGGAAGAGCCACGUUUUCACAGCAGCGUCCACUGUUUCCGGGCUCUGCUCAGCUUCUAUCCUCCCGUACAUCGUCCAGCGGCGAAUCUAUCCGACGUACGUCCGAAUCCCAGAAUGGAGACUCGCCCGAAGACGAAGACGACCUGUCCCCCAGACCUCUAUUCCAGCGGCGGAUGAGUGUACCUGAAAAGGUUUUUCACAGUGCUGACUAUUGCAUCCUGCGACCCAGUGAAGAGCCGGACGUGCGCUAUGAGAUUGUCGCGGCUUUUGACCGUUUCACCGACCCGUACCGCCAUUAUAUGCAAAGCCUCACGUGUUACGACUUAGCCCCCGUUCACUCAGCGGUCGUCGUCAUGGAUGGCUCGCUUUUGAUUCACAAAGCGCUUACCAAUCUGCUCGAGUCUGGCCAUCAAGCCGCCGUCAUCACGAAUUUGAAUAUUAAAAAUGGUUUCUCGAUGCUUACCUUCACCGACUGCCUACAAGCCAUCCAACUGGCCACCCAAGGACUGCAGCCGGUCGCCGAGCAAACAGUCGCCGAAUUCAUGCAGCACAACAACGGCAAGCAACUGAUAACCGCCGAUGUGGACACGAGCAUCUGGGAUGCGGCGAAGUUGAUUUGUCUGAACAGUGUCCAUCGUAUUCCGGUCAUACAGAAGGAAGAUCCGGAUGCUAAGAUAGGAGAUGUUCUUUAUAUGCUCACGCUCAAGACGGUCUUUCAUGAGACUGUAUUACGGCUGUCGGACCCCAAAUUCGCCCUCGGCCCUCACAUCAAACACCGUACCCUCUCCGAGGCCAAAAUAGGAACCUGGGACGACCGCCACGAACUUCACACGGUCGGCGAAGAUGCAAAAUGCUCACAAGCCAUAGAAAUGAUGAUCGAAAAGCGGGUCUCUUGCGUGCCAGUCAUCGCCAAGGAUAAAAAAGUGGUCGCCGUGUUAUGUAAAACCGAUUUAAUGGCCGAGCUGCAGGCGCACCCUGAGAAUUAUUUGCAAAUUAUGGAUACACCAGUUUUGACUGUAAUUGGCAACAAGAAGAGUCCAUUCGUUACUCCGACCUCCAUGCUAUUGGAAGUAAUUGCUCAACUUGCAUCCAGCGAACGUCAAUCCCUCUGCGUCGUCAACGUAGAUGGUCAUCUCCUCGGAAUCGUCUCCUACGCCGACCUCAUGGACUACAUCCAGAAUUCUUCGGAAAUUCACCACAAAAUGAGCUGUACC